GCCCCGUUCCGGCCCCGUUCGCCCCGGCCCGGCCGCGCCAUGAGCCGCCUCGGGCCCCCGCCGCUGCCGCUGCUGCUGCUCGGGGCGCUGGCGGCUCUCAGCCCAAGCCCGGCCGCGGGGCAGGAGCCGGCCCCGAGCCCCCAGCCCAGCCCCCGGCUCAACGCCACCAGGCCGGUGUUCCCGGUAUUCCCGUGCGGGGGGGACCACCGCGGGGAGUCGGGGUUCAUCGCCAGCGAGGGCUUCCCCCGGCAUUACCCCCCCGGCAGCAACUGCACCUGGACCAUCACGGUCCCCGAGGGCCAGGUGGCCACCCUGUCCUUCCGCGUCUUCGACCUGGAGCCGGACCCGCUGUGCCGCUUCGACGCCCUCUCGGUGUUCGGGGGCCACGGCCCCGGGGCGCCGCUCCUGGGGCGCUUCUGCGGCACCUUCCGCCCGGGGGCCCUGCGGGCGCCCCAAAAUCGCCUCCGGCUGCACAUGGAGAGCGACGGCGGCACGGCCGGGAGGGGCUUCCUGGCCUGGUUCAGCGCCGGCAGCCCCCCGAGCAACGAGCAUCAGUUUUGCGGCGGGCGCCUGGAGAAGCCCCAGGGGAGCCUGAGCACCCCGAACUGGCCGGAGGAGAAUUACCCCCCCGGCAUCAGCUGCUCCUGGCACAUCGUGGCCCCCCCCGACAAGGUGGUGGAGCUGCGCUUCGGGAAGUUCGACGUGGAGCCCGACCCCCACUGUCGCUACGAUUACGUGGCCGUGUUCGAGGGGGGGGCGCGGGACGACGCGCGGCGCCUCGGGCGCUUCUGCGGCGAGGAGACCCCCGGCCCCAUCGUGUCCAGCUCCCCGGAGCUGCUGGUGCAGUUCGUGUCGGACCUGAGCGUCACCGCCGACGGCUUUUCGGCCACCUACACCCUGCGGGAGCGGGGCAGCGCCCCCGAGACCCCCGCCCAAAAGCCCCGGGGUGGGGGCAAGGGGAAGGCGCCCCCCAGCCCCCGGGCGGAGCCCCCCACGGCCGCCCCCUGCCCCCAGCGCUGCCGCCGCGCCGGGACCCUGCAGAGCAACUUCUGCAGCAGCGACUUCGUGCUGACGGGGACGGUGAAGUCGGUGUCGCGGGGGCCGCCGCAGGAGCCGGGCUGGGCGGUGGUCUCGGUGCUCGCCCUCUACAAGUCGGGGGGCCUGGGGGUCCCUGAGCCCGCCAAGGGCGCGGCGCUGCGCCUGCAGCUGCCCUGCCGCCCCUGCCCCGCGCUCAAGAAAGGCUCCAGCUACGUCCUGAUGGGGCGGCUGGGCGGACGGGGGGCCCUGCUGCCCCCCGAGGCCUUCGUGGUGCCCUACCGCCCGCAGCAGCAGCAGGUUUUGGGGGAACCUCAGCAAGGGCCGUGCCGGGCGACCCCUGAGACCCCCGCCCCGCCGGGGGGACGCCCCCCGCGCAUUCGCAAAUAAAGGGUGCAGAGAUGGAGCGUGUGCGCCAGGUUCUA